AUGGCUACCUUGGACGAUGACACCAACCGCACUCUGCGUGCGGACAGCGUUAACAGCUCAGUCGAUGCAGUAAACCACAAGUCCAACGACAAUGCAUGUGAUAAAGACAACACGCAGUAUCCUCCACUGCCCAAGGUCAUUGUCAUCAUGCUUUCUCUGUAUCUGGCCAUUUUCCUGGUAGCAUUGGACAGAACCAUUAUCACAACAGCAACACCGCGCAUCACCGACACAUUCAACUCUCUGGGUGACAUUGGAUGGUACGGCAGUGCCUAUCUGCUGACCUGCUGCUCGUUCCAACUGGUAUUUGGCCGCGUGUACACCUUCUACUCACCUAAGUGGGUGUUCCUGGCAGCAAUCCUACUGUUUGAAAUUGGGUCAGUGGUAUCUGGUGCGGCGCCAUCCUCGACAGUCUUUAUCGUCGGACGAGCUAUUGCCGGAAUUGGGGCAUCGGGUUUGUCGUCUGGUGUGAUCGUUAUCAUGGUCCAUAUGGCGCCGCUACACAAGCGACCCAUGUACACUGGUAUUCUGGGCGGCGUUUUUGGAAUUGCGUCCAUUGUGGCGCCUAUGAUGGGUGGUGCCUUUACCGACAACGUAUCUUGGCGAUGGUGUUUCUACAUUAACCUACCCAUCGGCGCCGUGACCAUCGUUAUCGUCGCGCUGGUACUGCAGCUGCCCGAGGCCUCCAACGGGCAAUUAUCAGCACGCGAGAGACUCCAGAAGCUUGAUCCCAUUGGCACUGCCCUAUUUUUGCCAGGCAUGAUCUGUCUUCUGUUGGCACUGCAGUGGGGUGGCACUACAUAUGCUUGGAGCAGUGGGCGUGUGGUCGCACUCCUUGUCCUCGCCGUCGUGUUGCUGCUGGCGUUUAUUGCUGUGCAGCACUGGAAGAAGGACGACGGUACGGUUCCGCCACGCAUCUUCUUGCGCCGUAGCAUCGUCUCCGGCUUCUGGUACUCCUUUAUGCUGAACGGGUCGAUGAUGGUGAUCUUGUACUAUAUUCCCAUCUGGUUCCAGGCUGUCAAGGACGCAUCCCCAGUCAAAUCAGGCAUCAUGACGCUCCCCAUGGUCAUUGGCCUCGUCUUGGGCAGUAUUUUCGCCGGUGCGGGUGUCACCAACUCGGGAUACUACACGCCUUUCAUGAUCGUAGGCAGUAUUCUCCUCUCCGUCGGCUCCGGGCUUAUGACCACUUUCACGACCUCGACCGGCCAUGCGCAGUGGAUUGGCUUCCAGGCAUGCUUUGGCCUUGGUAUCGGCUUUGGCAUGCAGCAGCCUGGCGCAGCCGCACAGACGGUGCUGGCACCGCAGGAUGUUCCGACCGGUGUGUCGUUGAUCUUCUUUGCGCAGUACUUUGGUGGUGCCCUCUGGAUUUCAGUCGCCAACAACGUCUUUUCCAACCGCUUGGCCGAGUCGAUCUCGAGUAUGGUCCAUGGUAUUGAUGCUGGCCGUAUUGUCAAUGUUGGUGCCACCGCCGUGCGCUCCGUUGUCGACCCUGACCAGCUGCCUGCCGUGUUGAAGGCCUACAAUAAUGCCGUUGUCGACGCAUUUUACGUCGCCGUUGCGUGCGCGUGCGCUACUGCUCUCGGUUCAUUGGCUAUGGAGUGGAAGAGCAUGAAACCAGAAGGUGGCGGCGGUGGACGUUGGGCCAAGAAGGAGAAUGUAGACAAGGAAGCUGCCUAA